GUUCAUGCAUAUAAUUACACAAAUAUAUCUUAACACUUUUAACAUGAUUAUUUUUAAACAUAAAAUAAUCAAUAUAUUGUAUCAUAGACACAUCAGAAGCUCCUGCAGUGCUCCGGUAUGAGUGUAAGUGGGGAGCACUUGGAGGAGCAGCCGAGCCACAGGAUCAGAAACAUGCGGAAGAUGGGUGCAGGCUGAUCAACAGCACCCCCAUCUUCCUUUAAAAGCCGUCCCCUCCCUCUCCAGCCCCCCUUCUCUGCUCGAGGUGCAUUGUGGGGGAAAGUCGUUGCCAUUCGACCUCUGCGGGGCCUGCGCGGACGCAGUGAGAACCCUGAAAUUCAUUAUGCCUUUAAAACCUCUAUUUAUUUCCGCAUAACCUACAUACUCUCACCGGGAGGGCCAGCGGCGGAGAAAAGCAACGACGUCGCUUCAUCUCUUUCGGGAAAUACAUCGUUUGCACAGACGUUGUUUUUUUGUCGGAGGUGGAUACUGUUGAGAAAGUGAAGAUUCUAAUACAUAUUAGGAAAAAUGUCCGGUGAGAGAAACCGCAGGUCGUUGGCUUUCCGAGGGGGUGGACUGGCCGGGUUAACGGGUUCCAGCGGUAUCGGUGGGGGGAACUGUAACAGCUGGGAGGCCCUGGCCUGUCAAGACCGACAUUUUAACGGGAACAGGCCGGAUCAAGAGGAGGACAGGGAUCUGGGGGCGAAAGGACCAUCGCAGGGGAGAGUGGAGGGCGCUGGGUCUGUCAGCGAUAGCACGGAACCCGAGGCGGAGGAAGAAGAGGACCCGGAAGGGGGCAGCUGGGCAGCCGCGGACGGCGACGAUCGUGUCGGCUCGGUGGAAGCGGAGAACGGGUCCAGAGAGGGGAGUAGCUGUGCAGCGGGGAACGGUCCCAACAACGCCGACGGCCAGGAGUCGGGAAGCGGCGAGACGGGCUCCAGGAAAUCUGGGGUAGAGAUGAGACCGCAGACGCUGCUUCAGAAACACUCACUGUUCCACGCUUCGUGGUUGCAAGAAUUUCCAUGGCUGAAAUUCAGCCAGGAGACGGGACUCAUGUCCUGCUCCUGGUGUCACAACAUUGCCACUAAAAACAGCGACGAGCUCGUGAAGGGGAGUCGCAACUACAAGCGGGCCUUGUUGCUGAGACAUCACCUGUCUUCUGAGCACGGGAGGAAUGACCCCACCAAACAGGAGACGGCAAGGCCCUCGGACAACGCCAGCCCGUCCACUAACUGCUCAGAGGAAGACUACCGCAGCAAGCCCAAUGAGAACUCCUACUGUUACCAGCUUCUCCAGGAGCUGGACAAGCAACGCAAAAGUGGCAUACUCUGUGACGUCAACAUAGUUGUCUCAGGCCAGGUUUUCCGUGCACAUAAAAACAUCCUGGUGGCUGGCAGCCGCUACUUCAAAACCCUCUACUGUCUGACCAAGAGCGAAGACCAGGACCAGGCCACGGUCACGCACCUGGAUGUUGCUGCUGUGCAGGGCUUCUCAGUUAUCCUCGACUUUCUCUACUCCGGGAAUCUGCUGCUUACAAGCCAAAAUGCCAUUGAGGUGAUGUCUGUUGCUAGUUACCUCCAGAUGACAGAAGUUGUACAGUCGUGUAGGGCUUUUAUAAAGGAUGCUCUGAAUAUCAGCAUCAAGCAGGAGGCUCCAGAUUCAGUGGUGGUGGAUUACAAUAAGCGGCAGAUGGUUUCCAAAGAGGGACAGAGAAAGCUGGACCGGAAGCCCAGCAACUUCUGGGCCACAAGCAUCCUGUCAAAGCUGUCAAUCAAGGCCAGCAACAGCCAUGGAAAAGAUGCGAUGGAAGAAGAAGAUGACAAUGGCAGAGUGAAGGAGGAGACCAGCGACAUAGAGGUGACAGUGGUUGGAAAUGAGGGCUGUGCCCUGGUGACCCCUGGAGCCUCUGGUAACUGGACCCACCAAAAUGAGAACUCCUCUGAUUCAGCAGAGACCAAUGAAACACGGUCGGCGAGUGACCAGGCGCAGGUCUUCGUCUGGAACGAGCCUACCAGAGGUGGCGCUGCAGCAGCACCUGCAGCAAUAAAACGCGAGGCACCAGAUGCGGCGGCCGGAAGCGGGCGGAGAAAAAAACAGACCACCACACGGCGCUUUAUCUACAACUUCCCACCAGAGCCUGAAGAGGGAUUCGAUGAGGGGAUGUUCAUCCAGCCUUCGGGCUCCUACCCCAGAGAGGACUUCUCCUCCCUCUCUGAAAAUGCUGAGCUGGCCAAUCAGAUCCAGUAUAGCAUCAUCCAAGACUUACAGCAAGGGGAGUCCUGGGAGAAUGGUGAGUCCUCACACCUAGCCCUCAAUAAGCUCAAGUGCCCCCACUGUAACUACAUCGCCAAGCACCGGCGCACGCUCAAGAGGCACCUGAUCAUCCACUCAGGUGUACGCUCAUUCAGCUGCGACAUCUGCGGCAAGCUGUUCACCCGCCGGGAGCAUGUAAAGAGACAUUCCCUGGUGCACAAGAAGGACAAAAAGUACAAGUGCAUGGUGUGCAAGAAGAUCUUCAUGCUCGCAGCCAGCGUUGGAAUCCGCCAUGGUUCACGGCGUUACGGUGUGUGCGCAGACUGCGCUGACUCGCACCAGGCCACUCAGGAGGGCCUGGAGGGCAUGGAGUUCCCUCGUGACGAAGACUUCGAAGGCGAGGAAGGGGACGACCUGGAGGGGGAGGAGCCUACCGACAAUGACCAAUCAAAUUGGGGUGAGGGCAACGCUGGUGCUGCCCAGGAAAAGGACUAAGAAUUUUAAAAACAAGCUUGAGAAACAAAAUAAAAAGUUGAUGUUUAAUAUAUAUGUAUUCAAAAACUAGCUGGUAAACAAUCAACUCCAAAGUGCUAUCAAACCUUGAGGUUACUUAAUUGUGCAAGUAUAUGACGAAGAGAUGGGUUAAAAAAAAGCUUUGGUAGAGUGGGAACUCCAAGAUGUACAGAUUUUAUUAUUGUUAAAAUGUGUCCAACUCUGGGCCCAGAGCCCACAAGAGAAAGAUUCUAACGACUAAUAAUAUGAUAAAUCAGGUUUUUGGUGAUGUACUUUUAUUUCCUGUUAUUUCGGGGGAGAGUUGGGCAGGGUGAUGACGUAGUUUUUGAGUUGGGGGGGUAGGCCAAUCAUCUAAAAACGUAGAAAAAAAGAACUGUUAAUUAUUUAAUUUAUGAAGAGAGGUUAUUAUGGUCUUAUCAAAUGCUCUAAUUUUUAUUUCUGUUGUUUUUGUCUGCAGCAGAGGCACAGUCAUGGCUGCUGCUUUCUGCUCAAUCUGAGAGUAUAUUGCUUGGUGCUUGUAGAAGUACACGGAAGAAGAGCAUUAUUGCCGAAAGGAAGAUUUUUAACUUGCUCUGUAGAUCUUGUUUAGAUGCGCUGAAUAUUAUAUUAUACUUUUUCUUUUUUUUUUU